AUGGGCACGGAUCCCAUCAAAUUCUACAGAGAAAAUCAGGCAAAGUACGGCAAUUACUUCACAUACAUAUUACUGGGUCGGAGAAUAGUCACGUGUCUUGACACAGAGGGGAAUAACUUUUUGCUUAAUGUCAAGGUUGCCGAAGCUUGUGCCGAGGAUGCGUAUCGAUCUUUGACUGUGCCGGUUUUUGGUAAAGGGGUAGUGUACGAUGUGGAUAAUUCGAUUUUGAUGGAACAAAAAAAGUUCGUAAAGUCUGGUCUUUCGGCGGAAAAUUUGCGAGCAUACGUGCCAAUGAUUGAGAUGGAAACCAAGAAUUUUAUUUCUCGGUGGAAUAAGAAGUCGGCAACCGAGAAUAUCUUUGAGGCCAUGUCCGAAUUGAUCAUUAUGACUGCCUCUCGAUGUUUGUUGGGAGAAGAAGUUAGAUCGAAAUUAGACGAAUCCUUCGCACAAAUAUAUCAUGACCUAGAUGGCGGAUUCCAACCAAUAAAUUUUCUAUUCGAAAACUUACCGCUCCCGUCUAACAAGCUUCGAGACGAAGCUCACAUGAAGAUGCAUAACUUCUUUUUGGACAUCAUGAGAUCCCGUCGCGAAUCCAACGUUAAAGAUCGAACUGACAUUAUGCAAUACCUGACCACCGAGUGCCAAUACAAAAGCGGUAGAAAGCUAACCGAUGAAGAAUCCGCGAACAUCAUGAUUGCGAUGUUGAUGGCCGGACAGCAUACUAGUUCCACCACUAGCUCUUGGGCACUCCUCUUCUUGGCCGAAAGUCCAGAGUUUUUUGAGCAAUUGCGUCAAGAACAAAUUGAGGUUCUUGGGUCGUUGGAAGCUCCACUUACGUUCGAUGCACUCAAGAAACUCACUCUGCAUGACAACGUUAUACGUGAAACUUUGCGACUUCGUUCACCACUUCUUUGUCUAAUUCGGAAGGUUCUAAGGGAUCUACCGAUUCCCGGAACUGAUUACGUGAUUCCCGAGGGUGCCUACAUUCAGUGCGUUCCGACUAUUUCGGCGAGAUCGGAACAACAUUUCGAGCAGGCGGAAAAAUUUAACCCCCAUCGUUGGAAUAUACCCGAACAGCAGAAUAAGACGCAGGAUGAUCAUUUUGUGGAUUACGGAUUCGGAGCGCUCAACAUGGCCAAAGCAAAGUCACCAUUUUUACCAUUUGGUGCAGGUCGACACCGUUGUAUCGGAGAGGCAUUUGCCUAUGUGCAACUCAAAACAAUAGUUGCCACCAUUGUACGUUCGUUCAGGUUUGAACUGCCCGGAAAGUUACCCGAAUGCGAUUUCACCACCAUGGUAGUUCAACCAAAGAAACCUCUUCUUAAAUACGUGAGAUUAGACUAA